CGGGGACACUGGUAUCAUGUAUGGUCCACCUACUUCUGCCGCUGUUCAUGGUCAUACCUCGCCACGCCUGACAAUCACCGGCCAGGGGAUGAUUAUUCUUCCUCAAAUGUGUAUGCGGCCCGCUGGCCGCGCGCGUUGCGCUUCUCCAUGAUCAUAUGCUCGUUCGUGCUGUCGCACGAUGGGCGUAGAGGGCGAGGACCAUGAGAUGCAUUCUUCGCGAUGGCGCCAAGAUCUGCUGUCGCACUGGUCUCUCUCUCGUUCUUCUGGCUGUCGCGCCAAGUUCUCGCCUCACCGUCGCCCUCUUCUUCUAGUAGUCUCCCAUUCAUCGGCCAUGACAUCAGCUCGUUGAUCAUGCUGGAGGAGGAGCAGAGUGUUCAAUAUGUCAAUCUCGCAGGAGAAAUCCAGCCUCUCGAAUAUAUCCUGGCCGCAGGAGGAGCGAACGCGGCUCGCAUGCGCAUUUGGGUCGAUCCCGUCGAGGGCGUCUACAACCUCACCUACAACUUGAACCUCGCCUCCAGAGUGGAGAAGGCCGAUAUGAAGGUCUACCUUGACUUCCAUUACAGCGAUACGUGGGCGGAUCCUCAACACCAGAUCAAGCCUGCAGCAUGGGCAAACUUGUCCUUCCCUUCGCUUGUAGCACAGAUUGGACGAUAUACGCGCGAUACUAUUGCUGCAUUCCGCUCAAGUAACAUACGGUUGGACCUCGUGGAACUGGGGAAUGAAAUACGGAAUGGUCUGUUAUGGCCCGACGGAGAAACUCCCAAUUACCCAAACAUCGCCAAACUGCUGAAGUCCGCGUCUGAAGGUGCCAGAGCCGUCAAGUCCACGUCCAGAUGGCAAGCACCGAUUAUUGGGAUCCACAUAGACGACGGAUACUCGUGGCAGGUGCAGCAGACAUUCUAUGACUCCGUGCUCGAGACUGGACUCUUUGGUCUCGGUGACUUCGACGCGCAACUCGUCUCUUAUUACCCCUUCUACAACGAAAGCGCUUCCCUCCAAAAUCUAGCUCUCACCACUACCAAUAUGGCGCAUCGAUAUGCUAAGCCAAUCAUCGUGGCGGAGACUGACUGGCCAGUGAAGUGCACGAACAUGACUCAAUUUCCCUUCCCACCAUCC